AAACCACCAGGUCUCCUCCAUCUGAAACACAAUAUGAAGAGAGAACUAGGUCUGGAAUAGUAGAAUAGCUGCUGCUGCAAUCUUCAGCCACAGCAGUCGCUGGAGGCAGUGCUGGGUGUGGACACUCUGAACCCUUUUACCUCUGAUAGCGUGGACACACUAAACUAUUUCAGAAGCAAAGAGGCUCAGUAACUUAGACCAUUUAACCUUGGAGCUAUGCGAUCCUUUAGGAUAGGCCACUCCUAUUAGUGCGCUGAAAUUUCAAACAGCAAACGUCUCUGCAAACUCCUCCUCCUCCUCUCGCAGCGGGACAGACUUGAGACAAAGAACAACAAAAGCCUCACAGCGAAUAAUGACUUCCCCAAACCAGACACCCCUCUCCUCCUCCCCCACUGCCUGCUGGAGCUGGGCAGGGCCGGGCCUGGCCACCACCAAAGCAGCCAGCUCCGCCCCAGAUUGCCAUGCUGCUGCAGCUACUGCUCUUCCGGUGCGCGUAGGAGGGACAGGCCCGCUCAGGCCGCACCCCUGCUUAGUCCAUAAAGCGGCGGCUUCGGGCUGAGUUCUCUGCCUCGCGAACUUCGGGCUGCAGCAGCAGAUUCAGUGUCUGUCUUGGAAAUGGUACCGACGUGGGCCCCGGCUGUUGGUUUCACACUCUUGCCCCAUGCAGGAGGGUUUUUGGGAGGCAUGAUAACAAAGAGGGAGAUCCCUAUAUGGUAUGAAUCUCUUGAAAAGCCAUCCUGGCGGCCACCUAACUGGAUGUUUGGUCCUGUCUGGGGAACUCUGUAUACAUCAAUGGGAUACGGUUCUUACCUGGUAUGGAAGGAGUUAGGAGGUUUCAAUGAAGAGUCAAUGGUUCCACUUGGGUUGUAUGCAGGGCAGCUGGCAUUAAACUGGGCAUGGACUCCCAUAUUCUUUGGAGCUCACAAAAUAGGAUGGGGGUUGGUCGAUCUCCUACUCACUAGUGGUGCAGCAACAGCUACAACUGUUACCUGGUACCAUGUCAACAAGAAAGCAGCUUAUUUGAUGUUCCCUUAUUUAGCUUGGUUAACUUUGGCUUCUGUGCUCAAUUACCGCAUCUGGAAGGACAAUAAAAACAAGAAGCAAUCUUAAUACAGAAACUCUGGAAGAGAAUAUCAAGGCAGAAGAUUUUUUUUAUGCAUUUCCCAAAUAAAAUUUACAAGCCUGUUUUACUGUUGCAUUAAGUACUUGCUGUAUUAGACAGUUAAAAUAGGUCACAUCUAAAUACAGUCAGAGUGGUGUUCAUUUCAAUAUUCAAAUGGUGGUUUACUACACAAUCCGAAUGGAAUGUGUGCACGAGUGAAUUUAACAGCACAGUAAAUGAAGUGGUUUAAUCUGCAUGCUCUUCUAUUACCUGUGCUGUUGAUUACAUAUAAAAAAUGUAAUGGAUAGCAUUUAACUACUGGCAAUUAAUGUUAAUUGGGGGCUGAUUAUGUCCAGAAAUGAAAGUCCAUUAAUGACUUUCAGAAGAUUGUUCCUCACAUUAAUUUACUCGCUGUGGGCCUGAUCCUUCAGCCAUAUACCACUUGGCAGAGUGCUUAUUCCUGUCAGCUGUUGUACUGACUUCAGUGUCUUGUGUUCAAAGCGCCGUGCCUAGAAAUGUUUACAAUUAGGCCUUAUAUGGAAGAAGAAUUCCCAUAUUUGUGCGUAUAAACUUAAAGAGAAUAGUAUAGUUUGCAGACUGGACCAUUAUAGUUGAGAGGUAGCGGAAGGUUUCAAACAUAUUAAACAAUAAGUAACUUACUAUUCUUACACCAUGAUUUUUUUAAAGGGCUAACCCCAAAAGAUGCUGCGAUCUAGAAGAAAGCUGCCUCCCCACCCCAUUUCCUUGCCACUACAACUAAUGUAAUUUACUUGGUUAAAAAGAAUAGAUAAAAUCAAAUCCAGAGCACAGAGUCAGGAACUGAUGACAGCAUCCAGAGUUUCCAAUGAGCACCUCAAGGGGCGGGGGGAUCACAAAAAGAGGAAUUAAUGCCUUUAACCUGCACUGCUUGGAACCUGGAUGCUUCACUAGCAGACUGCUAGUAUUCUCAGCUAUUAUCAGAGCAAGCUGCCUCCCCUGGUGGCUGGUGCUGGUGGCCCCAAUCAAAUAUAGAGGCACAUUAUGACCAUCCUGCUAAAAUACUUACCUAGGUACCUGAUUAUCUGUUCCUCCUUUAGCUGCUUGGAGACAGGUACAAGAUGUUUCUGUUGCUUCAAGAUUAGUGUCGCAACCUUAAACCAGAAGACACUGAGUUGUAAAUGGCUGAACUAGAAACAGGAACUUUUUGUAUGAGGUACCUGGGACAGGAAGUUUUACCUUUCCUCUAUUGCUAGCACAUUACUAUUACUUUUAUGACCGUUCUUCCCAGUCCCCCUUUACACUAUUAGGAUUUAAACCUUCCGCUUUGCCCCAGAUCCACAGCAAUUUCCAGCAGUGACUGAUUUUCAUUUGCCCAUUUUAUGGCCAGAUACCCUGAAAUUGCCUCUCUCCUUCAUUGCCAUGUUUCCUAGGUAUAUCAAGCAACUUUAAGCUAAGCGUCUUAAAAAUCUGAAAUGUUCGGUAGUGCUUGGCAGACAUUAGUUCUUCAGACUGAAGAUUAGGAGGAUUUGCUUUAAAAAAAAA